AUGACAACCUACUCCACCGACAGUCAGGGUAAAUUCAUACCUGCCACUCAGAGACCGGAUGGUACGUGGCGCAAACCACGGCGUGUCCGCGAUGGUUACGUACCCCAGGAGGAAGUUCCGCUGUAUGAAAGCAAAGGCAAACAGUUUGCUCAGAAACCCGCCCUACCGCCCGGGCUCUCCCUAGAGGUGGUCCAAAAAGCGAAGGAAAAGCGCGAACGGGAGGCGCGAUUGCGCCAGCAGCGCGAAGAACAGCAGAAAAAACAAGAGUCAAACAAUAAAAAGGUGCAAAACAACACCCCGGCACCUGGUGUGAUAGCGGCGGACGGAGGUGGUAAUAAUAGCGAGAAGCAAAAAACUUCCUCCUCCAAGACCGCAAACACUGGAUCGCGUAGCAAAAAGACACCGGAACUGCCGGACAUUUUGCUUGACCAGCGGCCAGCGAAAUCGAAACCGCAGCAGCAACACUCUAAGUCAUCGCACCCAAAAGCCGAUCCUUCUUCCAGCACCGAUACAGCGAACGCAGUGGACGAGUUGACGAAUGCGUUGGCCUCGGGAGUACAGCUCAAGAGCCAACAGGCUGCGACGUCCCCGGAAGGAGCCGAUGGGCAGCAACUGGAGUUGGCAAAAAAGUUACGCAAGCUGAGGAAAAAGAUACGCGAAAUCGAAGCGAUCGAAGUAAAGCUUAGGUCAAGCGAUGGAGUCAAGCUGGACAAGGACCAGCUCGAAAAGGUGAAGCGAAAACCGGACAUUUUGCAGGAAAUCGAGGAGCUUGAAGUGCAAUAUUCAGCCGGUGCCAUGUGA